AUGUUGAGGAGGAAACCGACUCGUCUGGAGCUGAAAAUCGACGACACGGAUGAGUUUGAGAGCAUCAAGAAAGAGCUGGAGGCGCGGAAACGUCAACGAGAAGAGGCCGAGUCGGCAGGCGGAGUCGGCGGUGGGGACGGGGCGCCCGGCGCCGACGGGGCCCGAGCGGCGCUCUCGUCAACGGCGGCGAGGGCGGACCUCAUCAACGAGAGGAUCGGCUUCAAGCCGCACCCCAAAGCCACCGUGCUGCCCGCGCUCUUCGGGAGUUUGCAGUUCUGA